GUCAUAAUCAGCUGCGAGAAUGAUGAAAUCAAUAACAAACCUCGCGCUGCUUUUUGUGUAAUGUUCGAGAGUCUGAAAUACAUUUAAAAUUCUCAGUACACGAAAGUGUUUGUAUUGACAACUGAAAAAUGGACACCACGAGACAUCCUCAACUGACGGAAAGAGAACAACGCAAUGCACUGAACUUCCAGUUUUCGCCCGAGGAGCAGAAAGUACUCCAAGAAUGUAACCGCGAAGCAUUCUACCAAAGGUCUCUACCGUUUGGAACGGCUUGCGGAAUCGGGACAUGGUAUGCUAUUCAGAGAGGGCUCCUUAAGCCUAAUGUGCGUUUUGGGGCCGCCCCUAAGGUGAUGCUCGGCGUCACAAUAGGUUACUUUGUCGGCAAGGUAAGCUAUCAGAACAGAUGCGCCGAGAAGAUUAUGCAGAUUCCCAACUCAAGACUGGCCGAUAUCAUUCGUCAACGGAGACAAGGAGCUGCAGCAGGGGUGGAAAGAUUGAUUCCGGAACAGGGUGGAUUCGGAGCGGGUAGUAUGUUAUCACCUUUUGGACCGGCAAUUCCAAGUGACAGCGUUACGGAGGAACGUCUCCGUGAUUCUGACUCGCUCAACAUGGACAUACCACAGUAUUCCGGGCUGGACGAUAGUGGUCGCCCAACAGUUGAUUCCACUCUCUCUUUUGAGGAUGAUCUUCAGUUGCCUCCCAAUCCGCCAGUGUCCAAAACUUACGAAGAAUUGCGUCGUCAAAACCGGGAGGAGUACAGCAAGCGACAGCAGGGUUCAUAUCGGUCACCGGUGAUUCUGGACGAAAGUCCUCCAAUCAGACGUGAACCAGAACGGGUAAUGUCACCGCCAGGAGAGCUGCCUCGGCCUCAAGCGAAGAACAAAUAUGGGGACGCUUGGUCUCAAUAGAUUGCUGUAUUUCGCGGUUUAUCAAUAGAAAUUAUUGUUGGAAAGCACACAGUCUGUGCAAUAAAAUUGUAGCUUUGAAA